UCCACUCCCCUCCAAUUAACUCUUUACCAAGAAACCGAUCUUGUCCUUGUUCUUGUCGUUCUUCUUGGCCGUCAUCGGCGUAUAUAAGCACCAAUUCUUGGCCUAAUCGCGCAGCCAGCCAGAUUCAGAGUGCCUGCCUGCCUGCCUGCUGCUCUCAUAAUCCAUGGGACUCUUCAGCUCGCCUCCGAAGGUCUACAAGCCGGCCACCGAUGUCGAUCUCAGCCCCGGCAGCGACGAAUUCUACAUCAGCCCCAAUGUCAAAGUAACUCGGGUUGCCGGGCUUCUGGUGAAGAUCUUCGUGUGGAUCCUCGAGAUGCCGAUCAUCGGGCAGAUUGUGCUUUACAUCCUGAAGAAGGAUAAUCUCAUCAACAAGCUCGUCUCUGACGCCGACAUCCCGGAGCCGCCGCUGUUCACUGCAAUCCACAGUUGGGAAGACAUUUCAGAGCAGAAUGUGAGCCUGACGAAGCCCGACCUGUCGCCGGCCGAGCGGGUUCAGGAGGCCGUCAGCUGCCUCCCGGUGCGCCUCGAGUCAAGGCUCGCCGCCAACGCGCCAUCGUCGGGCCUCAAGCGCUGGACGAUCAGGGACUUCUCGAACGCUUACAGUUCGGGAGAGACCACACCAGUUCAGGUUGCGGAGAGGUUUGUGGCUGCAGUGAAGGAGUGUUCAGGGCCUGGCCUCAACAUGGCCUUGUUCAUCAGCUACAACCCUGAGGACAUCAUGAAGCAGGCUGAGGAGUCCACUCUGAGAUACCAGAAAGGGGCGCCUCUGUCGGCGAUGGACGGCGUGCUGGUGGCCGUGAAAGACGAGAUCGACUGCCUGCCCUACCCCACCACAGGCGGGACGCGGUGGCUGGGGGCGGCGCGGCGGUGCGGCGCGGACGCGGCGUGCGUGGCGCGGCUGCGGGCGUGCGGCGCCAUCCUCGCCGGGAAGGCCAACAUGCACGAGCUCGGCGCCGGCACCAGCGGCAUCAACCCGCACCACGGGUCGACGAGGAACCCUUACAACGUCAGCAAGGUCGCCGGGGGCUCCUCCAGCGGCUCCGCCGCCGCCGUCUGCGCCGGCCUCUGCCCCGUCGCUCUUGGCGUCGACGGAGGCGGCUCUGUCCGGAUGCCGGCGGCGCUGUGCGGCGUCGUGGGCUUCAAGCCCACCGCCGGACGCCUCUCCAACGCCGGGGUCCUUCCGCUGAACUGGACGGUCGGGAUGCCGGGGAUAAUUGCAGGGACGGUCGAGGACGCCGUCAUCGCCUAUUCAGCGAUCGUCGAUCAGUCCCAACCAUCCUACUUACGGCCGGAGUUGAAUCUGCCUCUUCUCAAGUCUACACCGUCCAUCAGCAACAUCAAGCUAGCGAAAUACGCUAAGUGGUUCAAUGACAGUGCCGAGGACAUCAGGAGCUGCUGCGACAAAGCUCUCCAGAUGCUGCAUGCACACUAUGGCUGGCAGACUGUGGAUGUGACUAUUCCUGAGAUCGAGGAGAUGCGGCUUGCGCACUACGUGACCAUCGGUUCAGAAUGCACGGCUUCGCUCGCGAAGUACCUUGACAAACUGAAGAGGUCUGAGAUUGGUUGGGACGCAAGGGCCGCGCUGAGCGCGUACGGUUCAUUCAGCAGCAGAGCCUACCUGAACUCGCAACGGCUUCGGAACCGGCAGAUGUACUUCCACAAGGAGAUCUUCAAGACGGCAGACGUUAUCGUCUCACCGAUGACCGGUGUGACCGCCUACACGCUGCAAGACGACGCGCUAAACAGCGGGGAACUUGACUACAUAAACGGAGCCGCGCUGGUCCGGUACUCCAUAGCAGGGAACUUCCUCGGAUUGCCGGCCAUCACGGUCAUGGUUGGGCAUGACAAGGGCGGGCUACCCAUCGGGAUUCAGUUCAUCGGCAGGCCGUGGUCGGAGGCGACUCUGCUCCACAUAGCGUUUGCAAUGCAGGAAGCGUGCGCCAAGGGCUACAGGAAGCCGGAGGUGUUCUACGAUCUCCUCAAGAAAGAGUGACUUGAGUCGUCUGCAAGAGAUCUCAGCUCUGUCCGUUUUGAUCAGGUGUGGAGUGUUUGCCGUAGCGAUGUUAUGCCUUCAGCUGGCACGCGAUAUCGGUGGAAAUGGGUCGGCUGAAUUACCCAUUGAAGUGAAGAAUCGUAGCAAAGUGUUCUUGUUUAGCGUACAGGAUCUGAAAGAAAGAAAGAAAGAAAGGAAGGAAGGAAGAGAGCAAAAUCGCUCAAGUUCAGUAGCGGUAAAUCAGACGCGGACUGGAGAAAUUUCAGUUCAUUGUUGUAACUGUAAGCAGUGUGUGUGAAGUCUUCUGAAAUAUUGACCAUCAUGUUAGAUUUUCUCAAAAGUUUUUAUUGGUCGAACUAUGAAUAUAUUUCAUAUGGUA